UAUUUUUAUGCAAUAAUAUCAAUUAUUAUUAAUUGUUAUUGACCCAUGGGCCAAUGUUUGAAGAAAGUGAAGACGAUUUCAGUUCGUCCAAUUAAAGAACGAUUACUUUUUCUUCUAGAUGUAAAUUGUAAGAAAGACGGAUAUCCAGUUGAUGCGGAAAGUUGUAGAUAUAAUUGUUGGAGAAACGCAUACUGCGACAAACUCUGCAAAGAGAAGAAAGGUGAAAGUGGAUAUUGUUACGGAUGGAAUCUGUCGUGUUGGUGUAUAGGUCUUCCUGAUAAUACAAAUACAAAAAUGAACCCCUUUUGUCAGGGUUUGGAUGGUAAAUAAUAUCAACUUUUAAAAAAUUAUAAUGAUCUGCUUUUCUAAUACAGAAAAAUAAA